AUGCUUGCCAUUUCUCAAGGUAACAUCAGUGUCUACAUUGUAAACUGGUUUUCGUGGUAUCUGUAAUAAUCAAGGUCGGGAAAAGGCCGAGCUGAAAGCCAAGGCUGAUAACACUUACCAACACCUUGAUUAUUUCUGGAUAAUUGUUUUAUUAUACUUUUGUUUUGAAGAAAAUGAAGGACAGACACAGCAUCGCCUUAAAUCAUGCAUUGUGCGCGCAAUAACCUACAGAACUCACUAUUCUGCUAGCAGGUAGCUAACUGAUCUGUAGGUUGAGCUGAUUUCUAAAAUGAACUGUAGGCUCUUAGCAAAUAAGAAGACAGAUAGUGUGUGCAAUGUGUAAUAAUACAAUGUAAUUCAAAUAAUUGCUCUUUGUAUUCUUGGUUUGCAACCACGUGAAAAGGCGGCCGUGUUGGGGGUCAAAACAAUAUAAUUCUUUCUCAAAGAAUUUACAUAAAAAUAGAUUUUUAAGAGAGAAGUACUUUCAUUCUUGACCACCAACAUGGCCGCUGUGACGUCACGUGCAAACCAGAUUAGGCCACUUCCGAGUUCCAAAAACCCUCACUUUCAAAAUGAGGCUAGGUGCGCAACCUUUCUUGUGAAAAUGAGUUUUAUUUGCAUCAGAAUGAAAAAUCAUUUCCAUAUCAAAGGCUGAGCACUUAACCUCGUUUUGAUACAGGGGCCCGGGGGAACUCCAAAAUGGCCGAUUGUGUACUGUUGGCCUUAGGAAAUUUAUGUAAGGUCAUUCAGUAAGCUACAAUGACAACAGUGAUGAAAACCUAUCAAUGACAAAUUUUCUUUUCUCUUUUUGAACAUAGGAUGAGAUCCCUAACUUUCCAACUCCACCAGAGAAGUCCACCUACAUUAUUUUGACAAAUUGAGAGAGUUGGAAGAAGUCGUGAUAACUUUGAAAGAACGCAAACUUAAUCUCUCAGUUUUACUUUUCUCGUGACGUCCUUACUUCCGUUAAAAUGAAUGUGAGAAUGUGGUUACUUCAGUUCCCUACUGUAGUAACAAUCCAACAGUAAUAGUCUGUGUUGGCUGCAGAAACAGUAAGAAUCAUCGUAAAUCUUGCCAUACUUGUAAGCCUGAUAGACUGGACUUUGUCAUGAGACAAAAGUUGUUCUGUAGGCCUGCAAAAUUUUGCUUAAAAAGUGCAAAAUUUUCAAAUUUGAGUUUAAAAUUACAGUCGUUCCAGGGCAUUUUGUUGUUUUUUGUUGCGUCAAAAGUUCAUUUUCAGAAAACAGUGCCGACCGCGAUUUAAGACAGUUAAUUUCCUUGUUAUUUUUUAUAGUUGACGAUGUGUAAAUAGUAAUAAUUGGUAAAUAACUGUACCGUACCGGAUGCUUUGAAGUAAAGAAUAAUAAAAUUGUAUUACUACUCUUUUUGUAGGUCCCAAUACAGAUGAGCAGAAUUCAGCUAAGAAAACCACUGUCAUCUGUCAAGUUGAAAAACCCUCUUCUUCUCAGAAACUCCUUGAUAAAGGUAUUCCUGAAUCGUAGCUGAACAAUAUUACAUGUACAACUGUAUAUUCAAGAGGAAAUUGUUGUUUUUCUUGUAGAAAAUGUACUGUACUCUAACGAGAGCAUGUUGAGUAUUCCUUGCCGGGAUGGUACACUGUACAGUAACAAGGAAUGCUGAAAGCACUGAACAAGACUCGUUUAAAAAGAAUCAAAAUUUGUGAUGAUUAUCACAGAUUACCUUUGCCAGUUGUCGACAAAAAAGAUUCGCUUCAGGUUUUAUAAUGAAGUUAAAUGAAAUUUAACGCAGUUAACAACAAGGAGAGCGGUAACGUGUUGUCGGUCAGUGGUCAGUGCGGUGGCUCAAGCGCGGUCAGCCUUGCUUGCAUCAUCUCCAUGUGCUUCGUACAGCGUUUCCUGGCGGUCUGUCUUUUCGUUUCCCUUUGGAUCAUUCUUUAACCCCCAUCCCUCCCCCGCUCCCUUUAUUUUUUUUCUGAUAAAUCAGUGUGUCAGGUGCCUGGUUCCAUUAGAGUUGGGGCUCAUGGCUGGAAGGCGCGGGUUUACCAGGGGAUAACCUGUUCCAGGCGGUCAGUUAGUAGAGUGUGGUGUUCGGAUAGUGGGGAGCGAGUUAAAUCGUACACGGAGGAAAGGAGGGGAAAAAACGAGGGGAGAGUGAGGCGAGUUCACUCCCUUUACCCACUCUAGUCUCUCCCGUUUAUUUUUACCUCGUCAAUUUUUCGACCGCGUUCUACUAUCUGAACGCCUGGAACAGGCUAACCAGGGGUUGGCUUUGCCAAAAUUGGAAGCUCCUGGACAAACCAGGGACCCACCUCCACUAAAGGAUGCUGUUUUUAAAGAGAGGUGAAAUAUUUGUUCACACCUUCAAAGGCGAGCUCUAUCCCUGCCUUGUAAAGGGCCUGUGUCACGGCAGUCUAGUCUAUUUGCUUAAUUUUUCUAAUUACUAGCCUAAAGGUGGAUUUAAGAAUACUCUUUUGUGUAAUAAUCUUUUAUAAAUUGCCAAAAUAUCUUCGGCACAGUUAACAGGACAAAAGUUGUUGCUACGGAUGGUGAUUGAAACUUGAAAAAAUUGGGCCAACUUUUUCACACGUUUUAAUGCUAUGCCUUCAGAAAUAAAAAGUAUAUAUAUUAUUAUGGUUAGUGCUCUUUGAUGAAGAUUGUUUGAUCUUCUUCAUAACACUACAGGAGUAUUUUUUUUCAGUAAUGACUUCAGCACAGAAUUGAGCUAAAAGAGAGCUACCUUAGUAGUAGUUAAUUUCGCGAUUUUGGCAAGACAAUAUUUCGCGGGGUUUUAUUUUCGCGAUUUCGCUAGGCAAUUAUAAAAAAAGGCAUUAGAUUUUGCGAUUAGAGCGUUCUCAACCUGAUUUUAUUUUUCAAACGUCUGAAUUUUUUAAAAUAUCGAGAUAAAAUGAAACAAGAAAAACGCAUAUUAACGUUAUUUUAAUUUACAACAGAAGGCACAGUCAAGGAAUGGAACUUACCAGUUAACCAGCUUAUAAUUUGUCGGUGUUUGAGUAUAUAUUGUAAUUGUUUAAUUAAUUUUUUCUUUCUGUGAUUUCAAUUUUCUGUAUGGGUAUUAAAUUUCGCUUGUUUAAAUCUCGCGGGGAUUUUUAUUCGCGGGUCUUUAAUUUCGUGAUCUUUCCACAAUCGCGAAAACCGCGAAAUUAAGUAGCAAUAACUUAGGUAUAUACUCGUGACGUAAUCCCUUUAAUGUUGGUAAUUGAUUUAAUUGUAGGCGCCGGCGCAGCAAAGACAGCAAAGAGAUCCAGGUCUUCGAGAAAAGGCAAAAGGCCGUUGUCUGCAUGUGCUGUUUCCGCUCCAAAACAACCGAAACUGUUGAAAGAGGAAGGUAAAGUUCGUUUCUGGAUUAUUUAGAGUAAGGGUUGGUGUCGCAUUACGUGUGUAUGAGAGAGUUUAGGAUGGUCUUGUGUCAUCGGUCUCGUGUCUGUAAAAUGCGGCUUCACAAGUUGUAUAGCUUACGAAAUAAGAGUGUGACAGUACUUCCCGUGAAAUAAAGCGUUUGUCUGAGUUACUUUCCUCUGCUGCACAGGGCAGUGGCUUUAUUAUUUAAGUCCCCCUUUCUAGUUGGAAAUCCUGAUGAAGCUAUAGUUUCGUAGCCUCGGUUACACUUAAAGAAAAUCUUGAGAUUCUCACGUCUGACACACUCUCCAAACUUCUAGCGUACUUCGUAACACGAUAUGCUUACAGUGUAAGAAACUAACUAUUUAGCGGUAGCCUCUUGUCAGUCAGAUCAGCCUCCUACGCAGACCUUCUAAGGGGUUCGUGACGCCCUAGGAAAGUCUGCGUGGGAGGCUAGGCUGCUGAAAAUCGAACCACCUUCCUUACUCUUUGUAUUUGCGGUGUAAUGAAUAAACCAAUCACUUGUCAGGAAAUUGAGAGUGAUCUCAGUUCUGUUUUGGAACGCGAGUGAUUUGUCCAUUAAUCUUUUAAGAAAUGAACCUUAAAAGUGAAAUGUUUUUACGGAGAGUGUAUGGCACACAGUUUUCAUAAAAAUGUAAGCGUUGAUAGCAUUUUCUUUUUCGCUAAAUGUUAACAUUGCCUCGGUGAAGCUUAUUCUGCCACUGAAGGUAUUUUAAUUUAUGUCAUCGAAAACGUUUACUUGAAUAGACAGUAACAUCCUUAUCUGUAUGCAAAAUAAGGAGAAUAAACGGUCUUUCUGCUUACUGAGGAGAGGAAAGCAUGUCACAGUAAGAUUAAUCCGUUUAGAAUGUCAAGUCUUUAGGUUUGCGUUUAUUGACAAAUAUUCCCUCACCUUUUUGUUUCCAGCAGGUUGGAACAACUCGGUUGUUGUUGAACUGCUCAAAGCUGAAUACAAAAGGCGCUGUCUGUUAAGACCACUUCUUUGGAAUAGCACUAUCGAGUUACCCCUAGAGAACGUUUACACGAGACUGAAAAUCGUUUCAAGACGAAAGUUGGCCACCCAGAUGGAAGCCAAGGCGAAGGCGAAUAUGUUCCACGUCAUAGCCCCAGAAAAAGGUGCGGAUGUCCUAACGCUAGCACAGGGAAGUCCAGACUUGAGGGUGGACGUGAAUAAUGAGUUUAAUGUGUUGGAUUUCUUCAAAGCUCCUGAUCAAGUUGAGGAUGUCAUGAGGCUAGUAGAGGGACAAAAACCAGACUUAGUGAGUGGAAAUGACGAGGUGAACGUGACUGAAAUCUUCAAGACCCUUGAAAAGGGUAAGGAUGUCAUGGCGCUUGUCGAAGGAAGUCCAGGAAUCGGUAAAACAACGUUUUGCCUUAAACUUGCGUAUGACUGUACACAUGGAAAAAUCCCAACAGAGUGUUCUUUUCCCAAGUUUCAAGUUGUGUUGCUCCUCAAAUGUCGAGACAUUGAUGGAAAUAUAAUGGACACCAUAAGAGAACAACUUCUGCCCAGAGAUAUUGAGGAGAAGAUUGUAGAGAAAUUGUUGCACUUCUUGAAGGAUAUUCAUAACCAGGAGAGAAUUUUGAUGAUUUUGGAUGGUUUGGAUGAGCUGCCUGAAAAAUCACGGCACCAUGUAGAUGAGCUACUUCACAGACGAAUUUUCCCAUUUUGCUAUGUCUUGGCUACGACACGACAAGAAAGAGGAAUUGAAGCACGAAAAACCUUUGUCUUUGACAUUCAUUUAGAAAUCAAAGGGUACACGGAAAGUGAUUCUAUUGCGUAUGUCAGAAGACACUUUGAAACCAUUGGUCAGUCACCAAAGGGGGAGAGGCUCAUUGAGGAAAUGCAACAGAACACCUUCUUGAAUGCACUCCGAAAUAACCCACUAAAUUUACUUCUCCUUUGUGUUGUUUAUGAGGACUACGAGGGAAAAUUGCCGACUUCCCGGACGGAACUUUACCAAGUCAUUGUGCGAUGUCUUUUGAGACGAUACUGCGCCAAACGUAACUGGUCCGCCCCUGAAGAUGACAGUGUCCUAGAGAAAAUGUUUGAAAAGGAAAUUCUUGCACUCGGAGAGCUUGCUUGGUUAUGCCUGCUGAGUGAUCGUUAUGGUUUCCGUGAAACUGAAAUGGAUGAGUUUGAAAGGAAAUACCCCGGAUUGGUAGCUCGUGAGCUAGGACUUCUUUACAAGGAAGAAAGUCUAAAGAGACUUAAGCCUCAACAUGAGUACUGCUUUCUUCACAAGACCUUCCAAGAGUACGUGGCUGCCGCGUAUAUUGCUCAGAAGCUACGAAACCAAAAGUUUAAUGUAUUUAAGCACCUCAACAUAAGCUUUGAUGACAUUGUAACGAAAUAUCCACAAGUGUUCAUUUUUGUUUCUGGUAUGCUGGGCGAGAAAGCUACAGUUCUGUUCACCCAGAUUGGAGAGGAGUCAAGGAAGUUCUAUGACUGGAAUUGGAACGAGCGUUGCAAUGAGAAGAUUGCUACUUUCUUUAUUCAAAGCUUUGAUGAGAGUGGACAUGCAGCACAAAUGGCAGUUACUCUUUGUAACAUUAUACCUUUUCCAAAGGUUAUCACUUCCAAGCUAAUAGACAAUUACAAUGCGUCUUUUAUUCAGGUCUUAAAGGCUUGCAGAAGCUUUUCAAAUUUACAGACACCUGUUGAACUCUAUGCUGAUAUUGGUUGGGGCAGAAGAGGCCCGGAGAGAGGAGCAAGUGACAUAGUAACUUAUAUAGAAUCCUGCCCGCAGCUGACAAGCUUUUCAAAUUUAAGGACACCUUUUGAACCCUAUACUGAUAUACAUGUAGGUGACCGGGAGAGAGGAGCAAGUGACGUAGUAAAUUGUAUAGAAUCCUGCCCGCAGCUGACAAUCGUAAGUUUUCGUGUUCAUGCUCUGGGAUCUUUGACGUCAUCUGAUGCAGAUCGUCUUUGCAAAUGGUUUUCUGCAAGCAAGAGCUUAUCAGAGUUUACUCUUAAAUACGUAUCUCAUGUAUAUCUUGAAAAAUAUGAGCUGCUGGUUCAAAUUGGCCGUGGGUUGGCUUCAUGUCGAACUCUGACAAAAGUAACGUUUGCUUUGCCUGGAUAUGCUUAUAACGAGAGUUUCUUCAAUGCGUUCGAAACUGGAUUGACAACGCUGACGUCUGUUAAUCUCGUGCUAUGGGGCUCAAUGAAGUACACUGCGACACGAGGCUUACAACAUUUUUUGUCAAAUAAAUCCUUCAAUUCUCUUUCUCUUUGUACUGUUGGAUGUGUGCUGGAUUUGUUAGUCGCUGCUGUCAGUCAAGCACUUGCAAGACAAACAGUUUUAAAAUCUCUGGAUCUACAUCUUGAUGGACCGCUGAGUUCCUCUAGUGCCAGUUUCCUGGAAAAAGGCCUUAUGGAAAAUAGUUCUUUAAAUUAUUUAAGACUGCGUGUCCACGGUGAGCUCCCUGGUAACUGGUAUUCUGUUGUGGAAAAUGUUCGCGUGGCGAAAAAGUCCCCAGUUUGCUGUUCUUUUUAUCCAAAUACCUUUAACAACGUAGCAAAUAAUAAUUUUCGUCCUGUUCUGGUUAGGAAAGGGUUAAAUGUAAAGCAACACUUAACUGUUAACGACUGGGGUGAGAUGAAAUGCGAAGCGGCAGAAGCUCUUUGUGAAGUCUUGGCACCUUCCUCCAUUACUGUUCUCACCUUAAACAUGCGUGGAAAUUUGACAAGUGAAGUUUCUAAUUCCAUUGCAAGAUGUCUGGAAGAAAACAAGACGCUAUCUUCCCUGUCCAUCAAUAUAUGGGGCGAGUUGAUAACAGACGGAGGUAAUGUUCCUUCCAGCCUUUCAAAAAACAGUCGCGUUCAGUUAAAUGUACAUGAUGUGCGUACAGGCCCAGAUGAGUCGAACGAUGUUCUUGUUACCACUACCGAUAUUCCUGCGGCAUUGACAGUCUUUUUUACUAACGUCAAGGAGAGAAGAAAACAAAACGUCCGUCUUACAAUCAAUAACGAUAGUAAUGUUACCAAGGAGUGGACACGUUAUCUAGGUGAUGCUUUGGCAGAAAAUCCAUCUCUGACCACGCUUGAUCUUACAGUCAACAGCUGCGUCGUGGAUGCAGAUUUGGGAGAAAACCUCGGGAACAGUUUAUUGCAAAGCAGUUCUUUAACAUCUCUUAGUCUCACAUUCAACUUCAGUAACAUGAAAGAAGGAUGGGAAUGCAAACUGGGUGAGCGUUUGAUCAAAAUGGCAUCUUUAACUACACUCAGUCUUGAAAUAAACGGCGACGGUAAGUGGAAUCAGAAGGAUUGGUUGAGUCCUACACUCAGCAGCCUUGACUAUGUUAAGGAGAAUCAGGAGAAUUGUUCGAGUCCGUCUAAACUGAGUAACGUGCUAGCGGCAAUCAAAUCAUUAUCUACCCUUUCUGUUGCAAUCCAUAGUGAUAGCAUGUAUUCUUUUUGGGAUAAGGUUGUAGGUGACUGUUUGAUAAAAUGCACGUCACUUAAGAAACUUAGUCUCACAUUGAACGGGGGUGAAUCAGACUUUUAUUACGUUUUUAAUGGCCUUUAUAUGGGCUUGGUGACAACAAGCUCAUUAAAUACAUUAUGUGUCGCAAUUUUUAUUAACAACUCCACUGAUAGGUAUUUUUCCAGGUUGUUCUUUGAUCUUGAUCGAGGUCUGUCAUUAAACUCGUCAAUAACUACACUGACACUAACAGUAACUGUGGCAGCAGAUAAAACAGGUAAUAUUAUUCGGCUGAGCAGUUUCGAUCACGGACUGUCAGUGAACACGUCAAUAACUACGUUAAAUAUCACAAUAAAUGAGUGUGGUGAUGGAGAAUCGUUUAUACCCCAGUUUCUUGGCGCCUUUGGAGUGUUGGAAGGCUUGGCAAAUAACACAUCAGUUACCACAUUCAAUCUGACACUCAACAGUAGCAAAGAAGUGAGUGAUGACUGGUUAACAGGCCUUUCCGUCAUCUUGAUGGCUAACACCUCAUUAACUACUCUGAGAUUAAAAGUCAACAACCAUUGUGCUACAGGUAAAAGUCAUUUAUAUGACUUAAGCAAACUUUUAUUAGAAAUCAGAUCAUUAUCCUUACUUGAACUCGAUGUAAGUUUCUAUGGAAAAGAGAGUGGGUGUCAGAAGGUUUAA